GGAGUGGGCUAGGGCAGUAGGAAGUUUCUGCUGGGGUCUGGAUUUGAAGCUCCAGAGUUGGAUCGGCCCCGUAUGACCCCAACCUAAGAACAAAAGAGACCCCAAAGAGUCUACAUGUCUAAUAUUUAGACAUGUUCAGCUUUGUGGAUUCUCGGUUACUGCUGUUGAUAGCAGCGACUGUACUACUCACCCGCGGGCAAGGAGAAGAAGACAUCCAAACUGGAAACUGCAUACAGGAUGGUCUAACAUACAACGACAAAGAUGUGUGGAAACCAGAACCCUGCCAGAUUUGCGUCUGCGACAGCGGCAACAUCCUCUGCGACGAGGUGAUCUGUGAGGACACCUCCGACUGCCCCAACGCUGAGAUCCCCUUUGGAGAAUGCUGCCCCAUCUGUCCCGACACCGACGCCUCCCCUGUCUACCCAGAAAGCGCUGGAGUAGAGGGUCCUAAGGGAGACACCGGCCCCAAAGGAGACAGGGGACUCCCCGGCCCCCCUGGCAGAGAUGGCAUCCCCGGACAGCCCGGCCUCCCGGGGCCCCCCGGCCCCCCCGGCCCUCCAGGCCUCGGCGGAAACUUCGCUCCUCAAAUGUCUUAUGGCUACGACGAGAAAGCCGGAGGCAUGGCUGUGCCUGGCCCCAUGGGUCCUGCUGGCCCCCGCGGUCUCCCCGGCCCUCCUGGUGCUCCUGGUCCUCAAGGUUUCCAAGGUCCCCCCGGUGAACCUGGAGAGCCCGGUGCUUCUGGUCCCAUGGGUCCCCGUGGUCCCGCUGGCCCUCCUGGCAAGAACGGAGAUGAUGGUGAAGCUGGCAAGCCCGGGCGCCCCGGAGAGCGCGGUCCCCCCGGCCCACAGGGCGCACGUGGUCUCCCAGGAACUGCCGGUCUGCCGGGCAUGAAGGGUCACAGAGGCUUCAGUGGUCUGGAUGGUGCUAAGGGUGAGCCUGGUCCUGCUGGCCCCAAGGGCGAGCCUGGCAGUCCAGGAGAGAACGGAGCCCCUGGGCAGAUGGGUCCUCGUGGUCUUCCCGGUGAGAGAGGCCGUCCUGGUCCCUCUGGCCCUGCUGGUGCUCGUGGUAACGAUGGUGCUCCCGGUGCUGCCGGUCCUCCCGGUCCAACUGGCCCUGCUGGUCCCCCUGGCUUCCCCGGUGCUGCUGGUGCUAAGGGUGAAACUGGUCCCCAGGGUGCUCGUGGCAGUGAAGGUCCCCAAGGUGUCCGUGGUGAGCCCGGUCCUCCCGGCCCUGCUGGCGCUGCUGGUCCUGCUGGCAACCCUGGUGCUGAUGGUCAACCUGGUGCCAAGGGCGCAAUUGGUGCUCCGGGCAUUGCGGGCGCUCCCGGCUUCCCUGGUGCACGCGGCCCCUCUGGACCCCAGGGUCCCAGCGGUGCCCCCGGCCCCAAGGGUAACAGCGGUGAACCAGGUGCUCCAGGCAGCAAGGGAGACACUGGUGCCAAAGGCGAACCCGGCCCUGCUGGUGUCCAAGGUCCCCCUGGCCCAGCUGGUGAGGAAGGCAAGAGAGGAGCUCGUGGUGAGCCCGGCCCCGCUGGGCUUCCCGGCCCCGCCGGUGAACGUGGUGCUCCUGGCAGCCGUGGUUUCCCUGGUGGUGAUGGCAUCGCUGGCCCCAAGGGUCCCCCCGGCGAGCGCGGCUCCCCCGGCCCCGUUGGCCCCAAAGGAUCUCCCGGUGAAGCUGGACGCCCUGGGGAGCCCGGCCUGCCCGGUGCCAAGGGUCUGACUGGAAGCCCUGGGAGCCCCGGUCCUGAUGGCAAGACUGGACCCCCUGGUCCCGCUGGUCAAGAUGGGCGCCCUGGUCCCCCUGGCCCCCCUGGAGCCAGAGGUCAAGCUGGUGUGAUGGGUUUCCCUGGUCCCAAAGGUGCUGCGGGUGAGCCUGGCAAACCCGGUGAGAGGGGUGCUCCCGGCCCCCCCGGCGCUGUGGGCGCUGCUGGCAAAGACGGUGAAGCUGGUGCCCAAGGUCCUCCUGGCCCUACCGGUCCUGCUGGAGAAAGAGGUGAACAAGGUCCUGCUGGUGCUCCUGGCUUCCAGGGUCUGCCGGGCCCCGCUGGUCCCCCUGGUGAGGCUGGCAAGCCUGGUGAGCAGGGUGUCCCCGGAGAUGCUGGUGCCCCCGGUCCCGCCGGUGCCAGGGGCGAGAGAGGAUUCCCUGGAGAACGUGGUGUCCAAGGCCCCCCUGGUCCCCAAGGUCCUCGUGGUGCUAACGGUGCUCCCGGUAACGAUGGUGCUAAGGGUGAUGCUGGUGCUCCUGGUGCCCCCGGGAACCAAGGGCCCCCCGGUCUGCAGGGUAUGCCCGGAGAGCGUGGUGCUGCUGGUCUGCCAGGCGCCAAGGGUGACAGAGGUGACCCCGGUCCCAAAGGUGCUGAUGGCGCUCCUGGUAAAGACGGUCUCCGAGGUCUGACCGGUCCCAUCGGCCCUCCCGGCCCUGCUGGUGCUCCCGGUGACAAGGGUGAAGCCGGUCCCCCGGGUCCUGCUGGUCCCACUGGUGCCCGUGGUGCUCCCGGUGACCGUGGCGAGCCCGGCCCUCCCGGUCCUGCUGGAUUUGCUGGCCCCCCUGGUGCCGAUGGCCAGCCUGGUGCUAAAGGUGAAACUGGUGAUGCUGGAGCCAAGGGUGAUGCCGGUCCCCCCGGCCCUGCUGGCCCCACUGGUGCUCCUGGCCCUGCCGGUGCUGUUGGUGCUCCUGGUCCCAAAGGUGCUCGCGGUAGCGCUGGACCCCCUGGUGCUACUGGUUUUCCUGGUGCUGCUGGAAGAGUUGGUCCCCCCGGCCCCUCUGGGAACAUCGGCCUCCCCGGCCCCCCCGGCCCCAGCGGGAAGGAAGGUGGCAAAGGACCCCGCGGUGAAACCGGCCCCGCUGGCCGCCCCGGUGAGCCUGGCCCUGCCGGCCCCCCCGGCCCCCCUGGCGAGAAGGGCUCCCCCGGUGCUGAUGGACCCAUCGGCGCUCCUGGCACCCCCGGACCCCAAGGUAUCGCUGGUCAGCGUGGUGUCGUUGGUCUACCUGGACAGAGAGGCGAGAGAGGCUUCCCCGGGCUGCCUGGCCCCUCAGGUGAACCUGGCAAACAAGGUCCCUCUGGCUCUCCUGGUGAGCGCGGUCCUCCUGGCCCCAUGGGCCCCCCCGGCCUGGCUGGGCCCCCCGGUGAAGCUGGACGUGAGGGUGCUCCCGGUGCUGAAGGUGCCCCUGGUCGUGAUGGUGCUGCUGGUCCCAAGGGUGACCGUGGUGAGACUGGCCCUGCUGGCCCCCCUGGUGCUCCCGGUGCCCCCGGUGCCCCUGGCCCCGUCGGUCCUGCUGGGAAGAGCGGAGAUCGCGGUGAGACCGGUCCUCAAGGUCCUGCUGGGCCCCCUGGUCCUGCUGGUGCUCGUGGUCCUGCUGGUCCACAAGGUCCCCGUGGUGACAAAGGUGAAACUGGUGAACAGGGUGACAGAGGCAUGAAAGGUCAUAGAGGCUUCUCUGGUCUCCAGGGCCCACCUGGUCCUCCUGGCUCUCCUGGUGAACAAGGUCCUUCUGGUGCUUCUGGUCCCGCUGGUCCAAGAGGUCCUCCUGGCUCUGCUGGUGCUGCAGGCAAAGACGGUCUCAACGGGCUGCCCGGUCCCAUCGGUCCCCCUGGCCCCCGUGGUCGCACUGGCGACGUUGGCCCUGUCGGUCCCCCUGGCCCUCCUGGCCCCCCUGGUCCUCCCGGCCCCCCCAGCGGCGGCUUUGACUUCAGCUUCCUGCCCCAGCCGCCCCAGGAGAAGGCUCAUGAUGGUGGGCGCUACUACAGAGCUGAUGAUGCCAACGUGAUGCGUGACCGGGACCUGGAGGUCGACACCACCCUCAAGAGCCUGAGCCAACAGAUCGAGAACAUCCGCAGCCCUGAGGGCACCCGCAAGAACCCUGCCCGUACCUGCCGCGAUCUCAAGAUGUGCCACGGUGACUGGAAGAGCGGCGAAUACUGGAUUGACCCCAACCAAGGUUGCAACCUGGAUGCCAUCAAGGUCUACUGUAACAUGGAGACAGGCGAGACGUGCGUCUACCCAACCCAGGCCACCAUUGCCCAGAAGAACUGGUAUCUCAGCAAGAACCCCAAGGAGAAGAAGCACAUCUGGUUUGGCGAGACAAUGAGUGACGGCUUCCAGUUUGAGUAUGGUGGUGAGGGCUCCAACCCCGCCGACGUCGCCAUUCAGCUGACCUUCCUCCGCCUGAUGGCCACCGAGGCCUCCCAGAACAUCACCUACCACUGCAAAAACAGCGUUGCCUACAUGGACCAGGACACCGGCAACCUGAAGAAGGCUCUUCUCCUCCAAGGCGCCAACGAGAUUGAGAUCAGGGCUGAAGGCAACAGCCGCUUCACCUAUGGUGUCACUGAGGACGGCUGCACGAGUCACACUGGCGCCUGGGGAAAGACAGUCAUCGAAUACAAGACAACAAAGACCUCUCGCCUGCCCAUCAUUGAUUUGGCUCCCAUGGACGUUGGCGCUCCAGACCAGGAAUUCGGCAUCGACAUUGGCCCAGUCUGCUUCUUGUAAACCGGACGCCCCACAUGUGACAGGAGAGAGUAAUAAUAAUGAUAAUAAUAAUAAAAACAGACAAAAAAAAAAACAGCCAAAAAAAGGAGAAAAUUUCACAUGGACUCGAAUUUGUGUCGGUUUCUAUCCAGCGUCUCUAAAACUAUACCAGAAAAACCUAAAAAAAAAAACCCCUAAAAAGCAUUAAACCCCUCAAAAAAGAAUAAAAAAUAAA